AAGACCGAGCAACGUUGUAUUCGCUCUUGGCUGCUCCUUCAGUAUACUCGUCCUCCCAGCACACUCACCUCCACUCGUUAUACUCCACGGCGCCACACCAGCCACCCUCUCUCCCUUCGUCACCAUGAGGGGGGUUCUGCUCCUGGGACUCCUAGGUUCGUGCUGGAGCCUGGAGCCAGGUCUGGAGUACCAGUACCGGUACAGUGGCAGGGUAGCAUCUGGGAUCCCUGACCUCAAAGACCAGUAUUCAGGAGCAGGAAUUCAGAUUGAUGUCACUGUACAGGUGUCCAGUGAGCAUGAGACCUUCUUCCAGUUCAGCAACAUCCAAGUGGGAGAAUUUCACGAUGAACUAGAGUGCGACACUCGGUCACCGCUACCCAUCCAGUACCACCCGCUGGAGCAAGGCAAUGACCUACUCGAAAAGCCCUUCGAAUUCUGCAUCGAUGGGGGAGAGGGCAAGGAGUACCUGAAGGCGCCUCAGGAACCAGUCUGGAUCACCAACAUCAGAAAGUCUGUCGUCAACAUCUUCAGAAUACCGCCAAUACUGGGUAACUACGGCGACCCUAGAAGAGAACCAACAUUCAAAAAGACGACCUUUACGCUCAACGAGACUGUGAUGGCUGGCUACUGUAACAAUCAGUACUCCCUCUUCCAGCUACCGAAGGAGCAGACAGUCCUGGAGAACCAGCGGCGGGAGGCAGUGGUUGAAAUAGACACACAGAGACAAGAAUCCUCCUCAAGUUCUAAAUCGAAGUUCUCUAAGAAGACCACAGGAAGAGGCGGAAAGAAAAGUUCAACAAAGAAGUCACCUACAAGCAGCAAGUCGAAGACGUCGUCGCAGACCUCAAGCGCCUUUACCAUUGAAGACACUCUCUGGUCCCUCACGCGUGUACUCGAGUUCGAAUCCUGUGAAAACCUAGUGAAAUGGAAGAUGCACGGCAAUAAGAAGACAGACGAAAACAUCAUUCGAACGUCCAUCGGGAACUAUCUGCUUCGUGGAUCCGAAGGUUCCGCCAGGAUAGAGCGAGCUGUGGUCGAGGGCACCAUCUCUGUGUUCACCAGCGAACAACUGGAAGAACAUAUUGUUACCUUCACCAACCAGACGCUGGAGCUGCGAGCAGUGAGGACCUUGAGAGCAGAGUUGGGCCUUGACUACGAGCCUCACCAGUACAGGUCUUGGCACUACCAGGUGGACCACCUGUUGACUGACCCGGAGGAGAGGAGAGGCGAGACUCGUCCCAACCUGGAGCAUGCCGCCACAGGCGUCCCAAUCACCAGUCAACUGAUUACCGAGAUCAAGACCAAUAUCUCGAGAGGUCUGGUAACCCUGGCAACUCGGUUGACGACGAGCCCUUACAGCAGGAACCACUUGGUGAAGGAGGUCAGCGCCCUGGUAGCGUAUGUGACAACGCUCAGUAGAACAGAGAUACACGACGUCUUUAACCAUAUCCCUGAAGAUGAAUUCCAAUUAAAGAAAAUAGUGAUCUUCUACGAGCUGUUAAUCAAUGCAGGGACACUGCCCUCCCUGAGCUACCUGCUAGACAAGAUGAACGACCCGACCUUCAGAGAAGAUUAUAAUAUCAUUGUACUCAACUUCUUUGAGACUAUUCACAAGAGUAUGAAAAAUCCCUUGCUUAUUCCAGAUGUCAUGAAUUUAGUAAAGAGCCUGUCUUGGGAAACUUCUGAUAAAUACGUUAAGCCGUUUGCGCUGUUGAACUUUGCUACAUUGGCUCAUGAUCUGUGUCUUAGCCCUAGCAAGUGGGAGCAGUUUAGCGAAAACACCUGUGACCCACAGCACACCUGCUCCCACGACCUCAUUAUUAAUGGCUUCUUCCCGACUCUUGUGCAAGGUGUACAGGAUGAAGACUCGCCCACUUGGAUGAGGCUGGUGUACCUUAAAGCCCUCGACAACCUUGGUACUCCUCAAGCCGUGGACGUCAUCAAGCACAUCGUUCUUGGUGACAGAGACACACACAUCUCACUGAGAAUAAACGCCAUCCUGAGUCUGACCCCCAAUCAUCUGCCUGAAGCUGUUCGUAGUACGGUGUUCCAAUUAUUGAUGCCUGUAUUUGAGAACAUCGGUGAGGACCAAGUAGUUCGUAGCGUUGCCUUCACCACUAUGCACUUCUGGGAACCAAGUGCCACGUGGUGGAAGCGUGUUGCCCUCUCUACUUGGUAUGAGCCCUCCUCUCAAGUGGCCAGCCUCAUCUCUGCCACCAUCACUUCCCUCGCUCAUAGUCAUGAACCUAUGUCUAAGAUCGCUUCCCAUGUGCUCCACCUGGCCAAGCCUCCUGCUACACCGUCCCUAUCUCAUUCCUCCCUAUUUUACAUCCCGAAUUUCCUCGCCAAAUGUGAGGCAAAGACUCUCGCUACCCUUGGAUGGUUUGCCAAUACUGAGAACCUCUUCCCUGCCGCGAUUAUUUUACGCCUGAAGAUGAAUGCCUUCUUUGGCUUCUCAGAAACUUUCAUGAUAAAUAUUGGACAACUCCACUUUGAUCACGCCUUCAGAAUAAACUUCGACAAUUUCCUCUUCAUGAACCACAAAAUGGACGAUAGAGACAUCGCAGCCAUCGCCCGUGACAUGUAUGAGGAGCUCAAGGAGGAGCUUGUGAUCAAUUUAUUUGGUCAGAAAAAUAAUGCGGAGUAUUGGCUGGGGCAGGAGGAAGGAGUCCACUUCCUUUCACAUGCUGCAGCUGAUAAUCCCACCCUUCUGAACGGAAUUUUUGUCCAAACCAACUUGCCACAUAUCCAGCGAUAUGUGGACUACACUGAGGUGCUGCCCACUGACCUUGGUCUGCCCUUCUUUGUUCAGUAUGUUCAGCAGCACGCCUUCUGGCUUCAAGAGGACAGCUUCAGCGCCCAAGGAGAACGAGGAAAAGUUAAAGGCAGCAUUAACUUUAUAUUUGACUGCAGUCAGGACAGCACCCUGCUGACCAAAACACUACUCCCGUGGUCACAGCGAAAGUUCGCCGUCGGGGCUGGUCUCCACAACUCAGUGUCUGUGGUGGUUCCUCUCAAAAUUCAUGGAAAUCUGGACAUGACGCAUAAGGAAGUGCAUAUCACAAUAGAACCAACAAGUGACGAUAAGGUGCGGCUGAUUGACUCCCACAACUACCCCUUCACCGUCGUGACCGGGCCAUUCCCCACCACCGUUUACAGAGAACGAAAUGAAUACAAAAUAGUUGAAACCAUUCAACCUGAAUUAUUUUCGCGAAACGUUCAGGAACUCCCUUCUGUCGUCGGACUCUCUCUUAAGUCUUCUUGGUCAGCGAACUUUGAAUAUCCGCUCAACGUUGCCUCUGUCUACAGUGGAGUGUCUGAUCCAUUUACCCCUUCAUACAAUAAUUGGAAGUACAUCCUUGAGUUUGAUCCAGCUGCCUCCACCACCAAAAGCAUCACAUUUAUCUUUAGAUAUGUGACCAUGGAGAGUGACCCUCUGGAGAACAUCGAGCAGGGUCUUGGCCAGGUGUCGCAGACAGCUUCUGACUUCUCCGACUACUCCCAAACGCCAUCUGACUAUCAGGAGUUUGGUGAGACCGAAAUAUUCGCACAAGAACAGCAGAGUGAGAGCCGACAACGUAUUGCCAAAUUACAGGAGCAAGUGAUGCCUAUUUCAGGCGGGUACGUGCAGAGCGUGAGUGUUGGUGUAGAGCUUCAGGGCUCCUCCACCAGCAGGAGCUACGAGGCGGUGGUAACGUGGGCCACCAGCUCUUCCUCCUCCCACAAGUCCAAUAAGAUUCAGGUCACCUUCCUCCAGAAUGCUCCUAUGGGCCUCUUGGAGGAGCCUCACUCUACGUGCUUGAACUUGCACGUGAAGAAGCCUUCCUUCCAGCCUCUGGCCACUACAGAAGAAGUGUUGUCCACCAACUUCCACACCACCAUCCAGACCGACGUGUACGAUGGCGUUUCCUGUGACGAUGAACCGGUUCUUGAAAUCCAGGGGUCGUUGGACGUGAGCGAGGGGGCCCUGAGGCUCAUACAAGAAAAACUGUCACGGGAGGACUGUGACAGGGAAGCUGAACAUCUCCUGCCCACUGAUAUCAUCAACUCUCCUAUCUAUGAUCAACUUCACGGUACCGUCAAGUGGACGCAGGACUUCCCGCAAGUACUGACCAAUUUGAGUUAUUACGUGGCCGAUCUCCUCCACUUCGUCUACUUCCCUCAUAUCUCUUCCGACCACACCACCUGGAACCCCAACCACCAGAUAGAGCUGGAUGGCACUCAGGACCUGGAAACUAGUGAAUGGGAUUUAAGGAUAACGAGACCACGUGAGGUGACCACUAUCCAUGGCAAGCCUCCGGCCUUCUCGGAGAUGUUCAUUGUCCCCGCUACAGUAACCAACGCCUUCAACUACUACUUCGUUAGUGGAAGAGAGACUCACCACUGUGUCGUUGAUACAACCACGGUGAGAACGUUCAACGGUAAUGUGGGUGCCCAUGAUAUAGACACCUGUUGGACCACACUCACCUUUGUCUAUUUUUAUGACCACGAGUCUUACGACGUAAGAGAGAGCAUCUUCAUGGUCAGGUUCGAUGAUGAUGAAUGGCAUGGGCGCCUCUUCUGGCCCUGGGCGGGACUGCUCAUUGAAAUGACCAAGUCAUCAAUUCUGGUGAAUGGAGAGCCUCCUGAGGGGCUUAGCACCCUAUUCAAAUUUGUCCAAGAGGAGAACGCUGCCUUACUUAAGAUCAAGGGCGGUUACUUCAUCAAAAUAUCCGACAAGGUUGAAAUUCUGCAACCUCAGACUCUCCGAGGCAGGACUUACGGUGUGUGUGGCACGAUGAAUGGAGAUAAGACCCAUGACCUGAUAGGACCUACAGGCUGCGUCUACACUGACUCAGUGCUCCACUCUCAAGCGUGGAUGUCCUCAGCACCUUCAUGCAACACUUUCAAAAUACGAUCCAAAAAGAAGUUGGUGAUUCCCUUCCAGGAAACCUGCUCACGUGACAAGUUCAUCCCCACCGGAAUUUCCCACCCCAAUGUUAUAUUCGACUGCACUGACUGGCGGUACCAGGACCUUGCACAAGGUGAUUACAGGUGCAAAGCCAUAAUCCCAACACCUUCCUGCAAGCCCGGGUGCAAGGCGACCUCCUUAUUGAACACUCAUGUUACUUAUGACUGUUUCAUGGGUCGGACCCAGCAGGAGUUAGAACAAACGAAUUUCACCGCACCGGAGUGUCACCCUCAUAAAUUUGCCAUCACCUACCCGGCCUCAUGUGUGCCCCAGUAGGUUCCCCAGCCCAGGGAUGCCACCCCCGUACCUUCACCGCCACCUUAGCUUUAUUUUUCACACCCAGGAGAGCAAUCACUUUGUGCUGCAGUUAGCUUCUGUUGUUUUGUUCAGCUAAGUUACUAAAUUUAAGCUAAAGAGCAAAUGAUAGAACAUGUUUGAAAAGGUAUUUGUUACCAAUGAACGUAGUUUAGCUCCUUUUUUGUACUCAGUUAACUUUGCCAUUGCUUUUUUUCAUCACAGCUGGUGGUGACGACACCAUACAGCCUCUCUGUGUCAGGUUACUGUGGCUAUUGUAUCCUAUAGGCCUUGCUGAAGGACUAUAAGGUACACGGAAAUGUCUAUUGUCUCGCAAUAGGAAUUCGUUGUGGCAAUGGGUCUCUCGCUCUUUGGCAGCUUUUAGGGAAUUAUCUGUGGAUGUUAUCAUUUAUUUUUACAAUUAGGAGUCAUUAGAGAAAUUCUUGAUCAGGCUAUUCAAUUAUUUACCACGUUCUCUGUACCAGUUUGUAAAUCUGCAGAUGACUGAUGUUACCUCUUGGAAUUGGUGUAGAAUUCAUAUUUAGUUCUACUGCAUGGGUACCUUUCUCUUAAAGUUUUGUUCUAAAAGACUAUUUCCAUAUUGUAGAAAGUUAUCGGUGAGUAUUUUAGGAUUAGAAGGGUGAGCACUUUUUUAUCCGGGGGAAGGUGGGGAGGCCACGAAGUAACCUCUUCUUCCUCAUCCACUUCCCCGGGCCACCCCCCCCCCUCUCCUUCUCCUUCACUUACCCAGGCCCCCCCUCCUCCAUCUCCACCUACUCAGGCCACCCCUCUUCCUCCUUGUACUCCAUCUACAGUACCGAAGCCACCUCUCCUCCUCCUUUUCUUCCACAUACCCAAGCCAACCCUCCUCCUCCACCUUCCCCUCCGCCCCUAAGUACCGUGGUCUCCCCACAUCCUCCCCCAACUAAGGCCCCUCCCUUCCCCACCAAGGCCAGUUUUCCUUUCUUUUCCAGUAUGUGUAACAAGAACAUACUAGAAUCGUUACUCCUGACUCCGCUACCAAGAAGGCGCCUGCCGCAAAUGACCAGCUACCAUUAAUCUCAGAUAGACGUUACACUCUGCUAUUUAAGUUUUUGCUGUUUUUCUGAUAUGAAUGUUGUGUUAUUGGUGGUGAAGAAAAUAUAAAAGUCGAAAAUUU